AUGGCAGAAUACGGUUCCACGGAGAUUUUGACAAAAACCCCAGCUCAUGAUGAAGAAGAAUCUAAACGCUUCCCAUAUGCAAUGCAGCUUGUGACUUCUUCUGUGCUACCCAUGACGUUGAAUGCAGCCAUGGAACUGAAUGUAUUCGAAAUUCUUGCCAAAGCCGGUCCUGAUGCACAAAUUUCUCCUCACGAGAUUGCGUCCCAUAUGCCCACUACAAACUCCGAUGCACCUGCCAUGCUCGACCGGAUGCUUCGGCUCCUCGUAAGCUACUCAGUGAUUACUUGCUCCGUCAGCGAUGGCCAACGACGUUAUGGGCUAGCACCAGUCGCCAAAUACUUUGUGCAGAAUGAAGAUGGAGUUUCACUUUGUCCUCUCAUGGCCUUGCUUCAGGAUAAGGUCUUCAUCGACAGCUGGUACAAAUUAAAAGAUGCGGUUCUUGAAGGAGGUGUUCCAUUUGACAAGGUUCACGGUUCUCAUGCAUUUGAAUAUCCUGGAAAGGAUCCUAGGUUCAAUCAAGUUUUCAACAAGGCAAUGACCAAUCAUACAACUGUUGUUAUGAAACAAAUUCUUCAGCACUACAAAGGUUUCGACCACCUCAAAACUUUGGUCGACGUUGGUGGGAGUCUUGGCGUCACACUUAACAUGAUCACGACGAGAUAUCCCACCAUUAGUGGGAUCAAUUUCGAUUUGCCACAUGUUAUACGAGAGGCACCAUCCUAUCCUGGUGUCAAACAUGUUGGAGGAGACAUGUUUGAAAGUGUUCCUGGCGGAGAUGCCAUUUUCAUGAAAUCCUUGGACUUUCCCUGUGAACGCGCAGCUCAAGGUGCAUGUGGUCUCAUGUGGUUUUUUGACAAGCAGCGCUAUGUGUGA